AACAAGACAAUCAAAGCUACUUUAUGUCAUUUCAUCUUCUUCUUCAUUUCAUUAAGCUCAUGACUAAGACCAAAAGCUCCUCUGCGACCGGAUCUUCAACAACCCAUUCCCAGAAUCCACACUUUCUCCCUGUUCUAUAAAAAAAUGAAAAAUAACUUACACACUUAUAACAAAGAUUUAAAGAGGGAAAAGAUUCAAUCUUCAAAAUUGGCCAUUACCAAUGAAUUAGGGCACGUUCUGAAUCUUUUCCCCGAAUUUUGUGGUGUCGUGGAGACUCGAAUCCGACUCGGGAGCCCACAGUAGCACAUGAUUCGGUUGUUUGAGGUGGAGGCGAUGGAGGCUUCGGUUGUUUGAGGUGGAGGCGAUGGAGGCUUGCGACAUCUUUUUCUGUUCUUCUUCAACUCUUCAAUUUAGGGCACAAGAAAUAUGAGACAUUUUUUGAGGAUGAAGUGGUUAUAGACAUUUUUUGAGGACCAUAAUCCUGGAUUGUCGGAUUAUACAUAAAUAGCAGAUCAUCAAUGGUACUAAAAUUCGUCGAUCAAAAGGGAAUAUGCUCGGAUUCGAAGGAAACGUAAACACAGAAGUCCAAGUACAAAGGAUUUAAAAAUUCACUACAAUCCCAGCAGUGCAGUUAGCCAGUGAGAUUUGAGUUUCUAGGGUUCUCCGCCACCCCUGUUUCAUUCUAAUUUCUGUGAAACAAUCCAAGAUACGGAAGAACAUUUUCCAGUUGUCGUCAUCAAAUGCAUUGCUAACAUCGAUUUUUAGGCGGCAGUAUCUUUACGCUAAUUCGUUCGAAUAUGCUUAGCACCAGAAAAUAUACCGGGAAUGUUCUGUUUCUGGUUUACAAUGGUUUUUGCCCUUUUGUACAGAUAUAUGAGUUUUAUUUGGGGGAAAUUUGAUUUUCCUCUUCCAAGAAUACGACUGGGCGAAGAGACUUGAAUCAUAAGACCUAUUUAUAUGCUCCCUUCGGGGGUUGUUUUUUGAAACGAUUGUUGCUGUGAGAAUGGGAGACAAUAAUUCUUUGAUGACGGGUCGUGUGCUUUUGGCUUUUGAUGCCACAAAAGAUCGAAAUGAGCUGGAGUUUAAGAAUGUUAUAGAUGACAUUAUAUCCCGAGGUGACGUGAUUAACAGGGGAGAUACCAUUGUGGUGUUUGGUGUUCUGCAUAAGGUCUCCCAUCCCUUUGGUUACCAAAUGCAGAUAGAGAGAGUGAACAUCAGAGCCAUGGAAGAAGAAAUUCAAUUAAAACUUGAUAUGUAUGCAAAAAUGCUACAAACAAGUGCCGAAGAUUGCAAAGAAGAAGGGGUUGACAUAGAAGUGAAGAUUACUUGUGGAACUCCUAUUAAGAAGAUUAUUCAACAGGAGGCUUCAGCUUGUAAUGCAACAUGGGUUGUCCUUGAUAGGCACCUGAAAAAGGAUGUGAAGUUUUACCAAGGUCAAAUCCUUUGCAAGCUUGCAUCAGUUGUAGAUAACUUGACCAUAAAGCCUUUAAAAACCGAGCCCAUGAGUGACACCGAUAACACAGAAGUCAAAGUGGUUCUUUACAGGUCAAAGCAUGUGCAGCUGUCGGCUCCAGCUCCACAGGAUCACGAUAAUGUUGACCAGUCACUUAUUUCUGCAUCAUUAGCUUCCUAUGAAAACCUUGAAAUGCCUUCAAAGAAACUUCUGUCUUCAUUAAUGCACAAACCUUCCAUAUUAACUGAUGAUGUAGAUGCUGCAUCAAAGCAAGAUGUAUCAGGCAGCCUCUCUUGUGUUGGUAAGAAUCGUACCAAUUCUUCAUCGGUCGUUGGGAAUUUACGAAAAAGUCCUCGGCGAAAGAGAUCCUCUGGUACACCUGUUCUGUGCAAUGCUUGUGGGAUGACAACAGAAUUGUAUAUCAAGGAGUCCAUGAGAUUCAGUUACUCAGAAAUACAUCUUGCGACAAAUUAUUUUUCAGAGGAAAACUUGUUAGGUGAAGGAGGUUAUGGUCUAGUUUACAAGGGUCAGCUUAAUGAUGGCCAAAUCAUUGCUGCUAAGGUACGGAAACAAGCAAGCACACAAGGAUUUGAAGAAUUCUCUUCUGAAAUUUAUGUUUUGAGUUUUGCACGCCAUAGAAACAUCGUCAUGCUGUUGGGUUAUUGCUGCAAGGAAAACAUUAACAUAUUGGUUUAUGAAUAUAUCUGCAAUAGAUCACUAGAAUGGCAUCUCUUUGAUGAAGCAGCAAAUGUCCUUGAAUGGCGUAAAAGACAUGCAAUAGCUAUAGGAACUGCAAAAGGAUUGCGAUUUCUUCAUGAAGAGUGUCGCAGUAGUCCUAUCAUUCAUCGGGAUCUUCGACCAAGCAAUAUAUUGCUGACCCAUGACUUUGUGCCAAUGUUAGGUGAUUUUGGGCUUGCAAAGUGGAAAACGAAUGAUUCUCCUAUUCAGACCAGAAUACUGGGUACAUUGGGUUAUGUGGCGCCAGAGUAUGCAGAGAACGGAAUGGUUUCUGUGAGAACAGAUGUUUAUGCAUAUGGAAUUACUCUUAUACAAAUAAUAUCAGGACGAAAAGCUGUUACUUCAGAUACACAAGACCACCAUCAAUCCCUCAGACAAUGGGCGGAACCAUUAGUAGAGAGCCUUGCUUUGCAUGAUUUGAUUGAUCCUCGACUUGGAGAUUCAUAUGAUCCGUAUGAGCUGUACCACAUGGCAAAAACAGCUUACCUGUGUGUCAAAGUUGACCCCGACAAACGUCCAUCCAUGGGAGAGGUUGUGCAGCUACUUGAAGGGGAGACGGACCAUUUUAAAACAUUGACCGAUCAGUUUAUCCCACAUUUUAACCACUAGUUAAUGUAUAUAUGAUAAUAUAUUAUAUACAAGGUAAGUAAGUAUCUGUUCACCCGAUACCACCACUCCUUACUCCUUACUCCUUACUCAAGGAGAAGGAGAAAGGCAUUCCUUGUGAUCCAUAACAACGGGUUGGAUUUGACUAUUCUGUGAUCUACUAAAAUCAAAAUGUUCAAUCUUUGCUGUCAAACAAAA